UAAUGUUAUCAUAUAUUAUUUCUUUCUAAAUUAAAUACAUACAUACUUAUGCGCAUGUGAUAUUACAAAUAUGUGACGCCUUUGAUCAUCCGAUAUUACGUCAUCAUUUCCCCCCUCUUUCAUAAGUGGCGGUCAUUUUGUUGUGAAACUCCUUUCUACGUAGAUAACGCACACACGGAUACUUCUCACUUUAUUACCUGAGGAUUCAUAGUGCUGUUAUUCGGUCCUGGUUGUGUAUUGAAGCGCGUGCAGUGUGCAGAAUAUCCACGACAAGUGUCGUGGCGAGUGUCUGCUGGGUCAGCUGUUAAAUAGAUUUAUAUGGGCCAAAGAUUGAAAUAGUAGAAAAUGUCUAGAAAACGUGCUAGAGAAGAAACUAUGUUGAAUUCUACAUCACAUUCGAAUACCCAAAAUGGGGAAGAUGCAUCUUGUUCUACAGAAGACUCACAAAUUUAUCCUUCUAUUUGUAAGGAAGCUCCAUUCAGUGAUGAACCUGAAGCACUUGUUGAAAGGAAUGCAUGUGAUUAUAAUAUUCGUAUAACAUUGAAAAUGGCAAAAAGUGGUAAAGCCCCUAGGAAAGUCAGGGUAUACGCAGAUGGUAUUUAUGAUCUCUUUCAUCAAGGACAUGCACGACAACUCUUACAAGCAAAAAACAUUUUUCCUAAUGUAUAUCUGAUUGUUGGAGUUUGUAAUGAUCAACUUACUCAUAGCAAAAAAGGUAGAACAGUCAUGACUGAUGAUGAAAGGUAUGAUGCAGUGCGACAUUGUCGAUAUGUAGAUGAAGUAGUUAAAGAUGCUCCAUGGGAAUUGGACGAUGAAUUUCUUACAAAACAUAAGAUUGAUUUUGUUGCACAUGAUGACAUACCUUAUAUGACGGAUGAUAGUACAGAUGUAUACGCUGCAUUGAAAGCAAAAGGUAUGUUUGUAGCUACACAAAGAACAGAAGGAGUAUCCACAUCAGAUAUUGUAGCCAGAAUAGUUAGGGAUUACGAUAUUUAUGUAAGAAGAAAUCUUGCACGAGGUUACAGUGCCAAAGAACUUAAUGUUUCUUUUCUCAAUGAAAAGAAAUUUCGGUUGCAAAAUAAAUUUGACGAUUUGAAAGAUAAGGGUAAACGUGUAAUGGAGAACAUUGGUGAAAAACGUAUGGAUAUGAUCAGCAAAUGGGAAGAAAAAUCUCGAGAUUUUAUUGAUGCUUUUCUAUUGCUAUUUGGCAGGGAGGGCAGAUUGUCGACAAUUUGGAAUGAAAGUAAAGGUCGUCUGAUGCAAGCACUAUCUCCUCCUGCAAGUCCAAAAAGGGAUGGUAGUCCAAAUAGCAGUAAUAGCAGCAAUAAUGAUGAAGAUCAAACAAGUCCACCACCAAAAAAGACUGGCCGUUUUGAAUUCUCAAGAAGUAGUUACUACUUAAGUGAUGAUUAUAGUGAUGAUGAAGAGGAAAAUUUACGCUCCAAAUGAUAAUACAUUUUUUCACAUUAGUUUUUUUGACCAAAAAAUAAUGUGUAACCUCUUCAAAAAUGUUUAGAGACAUUUUCAUACAGUCGAGUGAACUACUGAUAUGAAUUACAAUGCUAUGCUUCAUAGGCUUUGUAUAGCAUCAUUUCAUACUGUUCACGGCAUAAAACUUCCUGUUACGGCGUAGAAACAUUUAAUCCAAUUAUGGAUUAUAAUAUAAAGAUUAGAAUAUGUAUUAUGAUUAUACAUUACUAUGAUUACAUUAUUCAGAAAUCAUAAAUUAUUUAAAACUUCUGUUGCAACUGUUUCGAAAAAUGUUUAUUACUGUAACUUGCAUUCUUAACUCUAAGUUCCUAUGUUUAAAACAAUUUUAUUAUGUAUUUUAAAUUUAAUACUUUAUCACGGAGUAAAAUAAUGUAUUCUUUUAUACUGCAAAACUAUGUUAAUUCAAAUAUCUGGUUAACAAUUUUUAGUAAUUUUCAAUUAUUUCAUUAUUAAUUUUAUAACAUUUUUUUACAAAUUACAUUGCUAUUAAUUAC